UUCCGGCGCUGUCGCCGUGGCGGUCGGUGCGGCCGGACCGCUCUGCUCCGCCCCCUUCCCUGGCCAUGCAGCGCCGCGAUGACCCCGCCGCUCGUCUGGGCCGCGGGCCUGGCCCCGGCGCUGCCCGGCAAGGGCUGGGCCCGUCCCGGCGGCCGCCCCGCGGCGGGGGGGGCCGUGGGGCCGGGAGCGGGGCGCAGCCGCCGCCGCCGCUCCUGCAGUCCGGUGCCGCUGCGGCCGGUGCCUCUCCUGCACAGGCCCCCGCUGCCGGUACCCCCGCCCCGCUGCUGGCCGGGGGCGCUGCCAAAAUGGAGCCCGAGAACAAGUACCUCCCCGAGCUGAUGGCCGAGAAGGACAGCCUGGACCCGUCCUUCACGCACGCCAUGCAGCUCCUCACCGCAGAAAUUGAAAAAAUUCAGAAGGGUGAAACAACAAAGAAGGAUGAUGAGGAGAACUACCUGGAUUUAUUUUCCCACAAGAAUAUGAAACUGAAAGAACGAGUUCUGAUACCUGUCAAACAGUACCCCAAGUUCAACUUUGUUGGAAAGAUUCUGGGACCUCAAGGCAAUACCAUCAAGAGGCUUCAGGAAGAAACUGGUGCUAAAAUAUCUGUCCUAGGGAAGGGUUCAAUGCGAGAUAAAGCAAAGGAGGAAGAACUGCGUAAAGGGGGAGAUCCUAAAUAUGCUCAUCUAAACAUGGAUUUGCAUGUCUUCAUUGAGGUUUUUGGCCCCCCCUGUGAAGCAUACGCUCUGAUGGCUCACGCCAUGGAAGAAGUCAAGAAGUUCCUCGUUCCAGAUAUGAUGGAUGAUAUCUGUCAGGAGCAAUUCUUGGAGCUCUCCUAUCUGAAUGGUGUACCAGACCCAGCCCGAGGCCGAGGAGUCCCUGUGAGGGGAAGGGGAGCAGCUCCACCACCACCUCCACCUGUCCCAAGGGGACGCGGGGUUGGUGUCCCCCCCCCUCCUCCUCCUCCUCGGGGGGCCCUGGUGCGAGGAGCCCCAGUGCGGGGUGCCAUUGCCCGGGGAGCUGCUGUAGCCCGUGGGGUGCCUCCCCCCCCAGCAGUACGGGGGGCACCUGCACCCAGAGCACGAGCAGCCGGCAUUCAGAGAAUACCGCUUCCUCCUCCUCCUCCCACACCAGAAGCCUAUGAGGAAUAUGGCUAUGAUGAUGCAUAUGCAGACCAGAGCUAUGAGGGGUAUGAAGGCUACUACGGCCAGGGCCAAGGGGACACAGAAUACUAUGAUUAUGGACACGGGGAGGCACAGGAAACCUAUGAAGCUUAUGGGCAAGAUGACUGGAAUGGAGCCAGGCCCUCCCUGAAGGCCCCGCCAGCCAGGACAGUGAAGGGGGCCUACAGAGAGCACCCAUACGGACGUUAUUAAAACACAAACAUGAGGGAAAAAUAUGAGUUAUGAGCAAACAGUUGUUACUGAUUCUUGUAUCUCCCGGGAUUCCCGUUGCUUUACCCACACCAGACAAGUAAUUGUCUAACUGUUUUUCUUCGUGGCCCUUUUUCUCCCACUCCAUCCUCACCCUGCAUUCUGGCUUCUGUACGUAGUACUUUAAAACGAGUUGAAUAGAUUUAGAGGAGCGACUUUCAGUUCUUUUUGUUUUGUCCUUUUUUUAAGUGUGUAGGUGGCUUUUCUUCCUUUGUUGUGUAGCUAAAACACAAACUGUACCUUUUUUUUAAGAAAAGGAAAAAAGUUGAGUUAAAAAUGUUAGUUUCAGAGUGACAUGCUGUGCUUAGCAGUUCUGAAAUCAAGGGUUUGUUAACCUUCAGUUUGGUUUUAAGGAACCCAUAAAAGUUGUAGUUGCAGAAUCCCAAAGUAGGCUACAUUUCAAAAUUCAGGGCUGUUUUUAAGAGCUAAUAGCAUAAUGUAACGGUAGUAGCUGCCGCCAUUUAAAAGUAACCUCAGAUGUCAGACUUUCCUUAAACGCAGAUUGCUGGUGAAUCCUAAGUUUAAAUUUUAAUAUGAAGGAUCCUCAAACAAAUUAAAUAGUUGGGAUUUUUUAAUUAUUAAUUUAUUUUAAGAUAAUUGACUUAAAAAAAACAAAAACAAAACAAAAAACCAAAUUAGGUUUAUAAAAUUGACUUUUCUUAUGUGGGUUUUGAAAUCUAGCCCCGAACAUGCAGUGUUGAGAGAUGCUUGGGAAGCAGAUUUUCCAGUGUAAAGGGGUUCUUGGUUUGGUUCUGUAUGAAGAACUUGGAAGGGAAAACUGAAUCAAAGCAUGGAUCUAAUUGCCCAGUGUUUGAUUGGAAAGCAGAGUAAAGCUGCCAUUUUAUUCUUCUAGUUCUUGGGGCAGAUAAAUCAGCUCUAGUUUAAAACCAAUAUAAGUGUUGGUGUUAGCGAUCCAUUGCCUUGUUCAAGUGUAUCUCAACACUAGCUUUGCAUAAAAAGGGACACUGCAGCUGAAAAAAAAAACAGAGGAAAAACUUCACUUUGUACAUAGGAUAAAGUCCUAAUUGGAUUUGUACACUGUCCUCCCACUCUGUUCCUGAGAUUAAAUGCUACAUGUGUAAGUCUGCCUAACUAGGUAGCUAAAACUUGUCAAAAUGUCUGCCUCAGUUUGUCAAUAAAGUUUAGUCCUUUUUUAAUCAAA